UUAUUGACAUUGACAUUUUACGCCAAAUGAAAAAAAAACAAACAAUCUAUAAUUCACGAAUUUAGGGAGCAAAAAUGGAUUUACCAGCUACAUUGUCUAACGCAUCCGAUAGUAAUGAAUACCCUGGUGCAACUCCAGCUUUUGAUAUAGCUCAAGAUAAUAACAAGAGACGGAGCUCUUCAAGAUCAAUUAAACGCAGGCGUUUUGAUGAUGAGCUAGUAGAAUACAGUUUGGGACUUCCUGGAGCAUCUCUAGGCAAAGGCGACAAAAGAAUUCGUACUCAAUCGAAUACAAGUCAAUUGGCGGAGGUUUCUGGUGUGUCGAAUACACCCGCAACUCCUGUGCCGCCACCUCCAGACCGCAGAAGGACGUCAAGUAAAGUAACAGGUGGUGGUGGUGGUCUUAUUGGUCGCAAAUCUCGACGUAAAGGACAAUUGAGUCAGUUAUCUACUAAAGAUUUAGGACGAUGGAAACCCACAGACGAUCUGGCGCUCAUAUUAGGAGUUCAACAGACAAAUGAUUUGCGUAUUGUGCAUCGUGGAGUUAAGUUUUCAUGUCGCUUCACUGUAGGCGAGCUGCAAUCACGUUGGUAUGCAUUGCUGUACAAUGCAGAGAUAUCAAGAAUUGCAGUUGCCGCUAUGCGUAACUUGCAUCCAGAUCUCGUUGCAUCUGUGCAACAGCAAGCGUUGUAUUCCACUGCUGAGGAGGACUUACUUGGAACUGUAGCUAGUAACUCGCACCCAACAUUGGAGAAGUUCCAAGAACUAUUAGAACAGAAUCCACACUUGUUCUAUCCGUCUCGUACUGCAAAGUCUUUGAUGUCUCACUGGCAGCUACUCAAGCAGUACCAGCUGCUUCCCGAUCAAACUGUGCAGCCAUUGCCUAAAAAUCAAAACGACAAUGUGUUAACAUUUUCUGAUGCAGAAGAAACAAUGAAUGAUGCAGAAUUACAAGACUAUAAGGAAGAUGGCAUUGAUAUUGAAAUGCAGCUUGCGGACAGGAUAGAGAAGAAGGACAUAAGGCUGCUGGAGAACUCGCUGUCCCGCUGGCAGGUGCUGGUGCAGUCGGUGGCGGGCGGCAGCGUGGAGCUGGACAAGAACACGCUGGCCGUGCUGCGCGGCCGCCUCGUGCGCUACCUCAUGCGCUCGCGCGAGAUUGCGGUCGGUCGCAGCACACGAGAUCACACCAUCGAUGUGGACCUGACGCUGGAAGGUCCUGCAGCGAAGGUGUCGAGGAAACAGGCAACGAUCCGCCUCCGCAACAGUGGGGACUUCUUUAUGUCAUCAGAAGGCAAGCGACCGAUAUUCGUUGACGGCCGCCCCGUCCUUCAAGGCAACAAGGUGAAGCUCAAUCACAACAGCGUUAUAGAGAUCGCCGGUCUCCGGUUCGUGUUCCUCGUCAACCAGGACCUGAUCAGUGCUAUCCGACAAGAGGCUGUCAAGGUCAACAUACCUGUGUAACGGAAUUCAAUAAACCAAUUGAAUAAACAA